UUGAACAUGGAGUGCACAAAGAUCACUGAGAGUCCCCUCAACAAGAAAUCAUUUCCUCAAGGAAGUCUAAUUAGCUCAAGGCUCCCCUCUCAUGCUGUCGGAAACCUUCUUGAGGUCCAUGAAUUCAUAUGUGGCUUUCAAAAUGUUCUUGGAUUAAAAGAGCCAAUAUCAUUUGAAGAGCUUGAAGAAGAGCUCCUUCGGGCUGGAAAAUCGUCAAUUCUGAAAACAGUUGAAAAGUUUAUUCACAGUGUAUUGCUUCCUGAUCUAAUAAGUGAGCUACUGGAAAAAACUACUGCAGCCCUUAAAAUCAAAUUGGAUAUGCUUCCAAUUAAUCAGUUUACUUGGCCAGAAGUGGUUCGGAGAUAUAUAAUGGCAUAUGUGUUAGUAGAAGGAAGAAUGGUUUCUGAAAAUAUUGAAGGUAUGAAGCUCUUUCAGUGUCUGCUAGGUGAUGGCGGUAUUUGCUGUGAAUCACAAGCUAGUCUUGCUGGUGUUGAUUUGGAUGCACAGUUGCUUGGAAGAGCCAUAGAAAAUGUAUUUGGGAAACUGACAAAAGAAACUACCAUUCUAUCAAUGGGCAUGACAGGGAUAGAGGGACAAAAUGGUGAUAGCUAUGGUGUGUGUACAGAUGUUGCUAGUAUUCCAGAGUGGGCGAAAGUACUUGAACCUGUGAAAAAAUUGCCUACGAAUAAUGGAUCUCGAAUUCGGGACUGUGUUAAUGAGGCUUUGACAAAAAAUCCACUUGAGUGGGCAAAGACCAGGUUGGAAGCUUCUAUAUCAAAAGGCGUUUACAAAAGCAAUGCAUCUGGGCCUACAAAGAAAGCCGUGAUAGCUGUUUUCCAACAAGCAUUGAAUAAUGUAGCAUCUGGUGUACCAAAAAUGCCGUUACCACUGGACACGGACAUAAGAAGAUCUGAUCGGAUAUGUAAAGCAGUCAUGAAAAAGUGUCAAAGCAUAAUAUGUCAUGUAGCUGCUAAUAGUACAGAUAGGGACUUUUCUGAUCUCUUGGGGAGAUCCCUAAACUGUGAUAUUAGUGAUGUCCAGAAACUUCUUAUAUAUGCAUCAACACGUCCUCUGGACUUACAGACUAUCCAUUUAAGAUUGCUUCAUGGAGCAUAUGGUGGUUCACAUGAAGCUUUUCGGGAAGAUGUAAGGGAGCUUGGAUCAUCACUUAAGUUGUGGAUCAAGUUGACGAAGACUCCUGUGAAUAAACCGAGUUUAAGUCACUUGGCAGAGUGUAUAUCCAAAGACUUGGAAAUUCAAUUUGAAAAAGAGGUAGCCCCUCUUAUCUUGACCCUGUCUGAAUAUAACACGAGUACAAAAUCUACGGUUGAGGUAGAGAGGGAGCUUCAAGAAAUUCUAACUUCUAUCGAAAUCUCUGAAACGCCAUGGGAAAUGAUAAUCUGCAAAGUUUGUGGCCAUGGCACAGAUGAUGAAAACAUGCUGCUGUGUGAUUCUGAAGGAUGUAACGCCGCGUAUCACACAAAAUGCCUGUGUCCGACGCUUUCUAGAAUCCCUGAAGGUAGGUGGCAUUGUCCUACUUGUGCACCUUCUAGGCUUCCAAUGGACAAUGAACCGAAGGAUGCUCAGCAGAUUUUGCGACAUGUAGAUAGAAGCUGGGAGGAAGCAAGUCCACUUUUGGAUAUAGUUACAGCUUUGGACAAAAGUGAUUUUUGGGAAUUAGAGGCGGAUAAGAAAAUAUCCGUGCUCAAGUUUCUAUUUGACGAAGCAUUAAAUACAAAGUUCUUUCGUCAAAUUCUGAACAAGUCGAACACGAAGCUUAAUAAGAAGUUUUUGGGUAUUGACUCUCUUGGAAGAUUUUACUGGGGAUUUCCCAGUUCAAGUCCUAAUUGUGGGAUAGUUGUAAAUUCACAACAUGAAGAUUAUGCCAGAUGGUAUAUCUUGCGGUCUGCAAAAGAAAUUAGCAGCCUUGUGAAUUAUCUCAACAUAAAUGAUCCUGAAGUAAUACCCUUGAGAGAUGCUAUAUCGCAUUGGCAUAGUUUAGUAAUUCAUCAGCAUCAACAACCAAUCAGUAAUUCAGGUGAGACGCACAUGACUAAUUCCACCGAUUUGGAUAAGUCUUCCAAGAAACCUGGCGGGAAUGCUUCUCCUAUAAUAAAGAAAUUGAAGAUGAAGUUGCUGAGUAUGGAGGACGCACUAACUGAUGGAGCAAGAAGACCAUCCAGGGCAAGUCGUGAAUGGAGAUCGGCAUGGUGCGCAUUUGUUAAAUCUUCCAAUUCAAUAUAUGAGAUGAUUGAAGCAAUUUUGGUUCUGGAGACCAUGAUCAAGACAGAGCAUAUUAGCAAUAAUUGGUGGUGGUACUGGUCUUCAGCUUCAGUUGCUGCAAAAACGUCUACAAUGUCGGGUCUUGCUUUACGCAUCUACACUCUAGACGCUGCAAUCCAUCAUCCUAACACACCACCAGAUCGGGCAAAAAAAAGUGCGGGAAAUGGAAACAUAUGUCAGAAAAGGUUAAAAAGGAAAAGAAAAGCGAAAAUCAGCAUUACAGAACCUUCACUCCCUUGAUAUCAUUAAAAUUCUUAUUCUUUGUAGCCUCAAACCUAACCUAACAAUUAGAUGACACCAGUUAUGCAAAUUUCAUGGUAAAUACAAUUAGAUGACAUUGAGAGUAUAUAUAUUUUUUUUCUGUUGCAGUUUUCUUGUCUUGUGAUCUGGUAAAUCAAGUUUUUAAGCUCAUUGUAUUCAUUUUGGUUACGUAUAAUACACAACGAAAACCGUCUAGAAAAAUGAAGGUUAUUGUGGCAGUUGGAAAAACAUGGAGAUAUAUGUAAUGAGCAUCAACUUCUUUCUUAUAUAAAAGCAUAGAUGUGAUUGUAG